AUUUACAUUUUAUUAUUUCUCUGUGUCUUUCUCUUACCCCAGCCCCCCUCUCGUCGGGGAAGAGAAGCUACUCUUUUCAGAGCAUUUUUAGUUGCUUUCACUUCCUCUGCAAGUUCUUCCCUAUUUCGUUCUUCUUCUUUCUGGGAAACCUACAAGAAUCUGCUCGAUCGUCCCCAAAUUUUUCUCGUUUUCUGUAAUUUGAUCUCUCUGAAUACCUGUCGCUUAUUGCUCGAUCGUGUUUUUUAUUUUCCUUUAUUUGGAUUCGCUUAGAUGGAGGAUUACAUGAGCAGUGACGAAGAGGAUUAUUACUCUGAUCGUGAUGCACUCGAAGGUCUGGAGAAUGACGAAGAUGAUACUCACUGGCAGCCUAAGAGUGUCCCUACUAGUCAGGUGAUCAAGAAAGAAUCCCUUUUGAUUGCACAGAGAGAAGAUUUGCGAAGGGUGAUGGACUUACUAAAACUGAGCGAGCAACAUGCUCGGACUCUACUUAUCUAUCACUGUUGGGAUGUUGAGAAGCUGUUUGCAGUACUUGUAGAGAAGGGGAAAGAACAAUUAUUUGCUGAAGCAGGUGUCAGUGUAGUUGAGCAGAAAGAUCAUUCCCCAAUCCAGUCCUCAUCAACAAUAAUGUGCAACAUAUGCAUGGAUGAUAUUCUUGCCAAUGAGGUUACGACAAUGGACUGUGGCCACUGCUUCUGCAACAAUUGCUGGACUGAGCAUUUUAUUGUGAAGAUCAAUGAGGGUCAAAGUAGACGCAUUAGGUGCAUGGCACACAAGUGCAAUGCCAUAUGUGAUGAAGCCGUUGUCAGAAAUCUAGUGAGUGCAAGGCAUCCUGAUCUGGCAGAGAAAUUUGAACGUUUUCUUCUAGAGUCAUAUAUUGAGGAUAACAGAAAAGUCAAAUGGUGCCCUAGUGUUCCACAUUGUGGUAAUGCUAUACGUGUUGAGGAUGAUAAAUUUUGUGAGGUAGAAUGUGCAUGCGGAUUACAGUUCUGCUUCAGUUGCUCUUCUGAAGCACACUCACCUUGUUCAUGCCUGAUGUGGGAGCUGUGGACUAAGAAAUGUAAAGAUGAAUCAGAGACCGUUAAUUGGAUUACAGUCAACACAAAGCCUUGUCCAAAGUGUCACAAGCCAGUGGAAAAGAAUGGUGGUUGCAAUCUAGUCAGCUGUAUUUGUGGACAAGCAUUUUGUUGGUUGUGUGGUGGAGCUACUGGCCGGGAUCACACAUGGUCAACUAUUACUGGUCACAGUUGUGGGCGGUACAAAGAAGACCAUGAGAAGAAAGCUGAGCGUGCUAAACGAGAUUUAUAUCGAUACAUGCACUAUCACAACCGAUAUAAAGCUCACACUGAUUCUUUUAACCUUGAAACCAAGCUCAAGGAAACUAUCGAGGCUAAGAUCACAAUUUUGGAAAGCAGGGAAUCAACUCUGAAAGAUUUCACUUGGCUAACAAAUGGACUGAACAGACUCUUUAGAUCAAGACGGGUGCUUUCAUAUUCAUAUCCAUUUGCAUUUUACAUGUUUGGGGAUGACCUCUUCCAUGGUGAGAUGUCAAAGGAGGAAAGGGAAUUGAAACAGAACUUAUUUGAGGACCAACAACAGCAGCUUGAAGGAAAUGUGGAGAAGCUAUCUAAGUUCAUAGAGGAACCCAUUGAUGAGUAUGCUGAGGAAAAAGUCAUGGAGAUAAGGAUGCAAGUCAUCAAUCUCUCUGUCAUCAUUGAUAAACUCUGUAAGAAAAUCAGGUAUGAAUGCAUUGAGAAUGAUUUAUUGGGCUCCCUCCAGUCAACAAUCCAUAAUAUAGCUCCUUACCAGUCAAAGGGUGUUGAGAAGGCAUCAGAACUUUCUCCUUAUCGGAGUUCCAAAGCAGAUGAUAGUGAUACCUUUCUGCGAUCAGAUUCCAGCAUGCAAGGUGGAACAACAGAACCUGGUUGGCCUUCCUCUAGCUCACCAAAUUUAAAUGGAAGUGGAUGCUCUUCUCGGAAACGUGCUAGAAAAUCUCUUGGAGAUGGCCUCCUUGAUCUCAACUUGCCUGCUGAGGUGAUUGACAAGAGCUGAUUUAGUUACAGCCUGUUCCUGCAUACUCCCAAGUGUACAGCCCUAACAUGAAAGAAUACACCACAUUGCUCUCCGAUCCAGUGCCAAGGCAUUUGUGGGAAUCCCCUGUUCCCUUUUUUGUCUUAAUCCAUCCUGUUCACUGAUCCACCCCAUAAUAUGUGAUUAAAGCCUUCCUUUUGUUUUCUAUUUAAUCAUUAUUCUGUACAUGCCUUCACAGUUCAGGCACAUGUGCAUAACUGUUAUAUAUAUCCUAAUAUCCUCUGCCAAAGGCUUGAAUUAAUAUACUAAGCAGCUCUUUUAGACAGUCCA